AUAUACACGGAUUCAACAUGGGUUCGAGCCACACACAGAAAACAGCAAAGAAAGAAAAAAAAAAGGAUGGUGAAGAUAGCGGUUGGGAGCUUGGGAGAUUCCUUCAGUGGGGCGUCUCUGAAGAGUUACUUGGCAGAGUUCAUAGCAACACUCGUGUUCGUGUUCGCCGGAGUUGGCUCUGCCAUCGCCUAUGGCAAGCUGACGUCAGAUGCGGCGUUGGACCCGCCGGGGCUGGUGGCCGUGGCCGUCGCCCACGCCUUCGCUCUCUUCGUCGGAGUUUCCAUCGCAGCCAACAUCUCCGGCGGACACCUCAACCCCGCCGUCACUCUGGGUCUCGCCGUCGGCGGCAACAUCACCAUCAUCACCGGUUUCUUCUACUGGGUCGCCCAGUGUCUCGGCUCCAUCGUCGCCUGCCUCCUCCUCCAGUUCGUCACCAACGGCAAGAGCAUACCGACCCACGGAGUGGCGGCCGGUUUGGGAGCGGUGGAGGGAAUAGUGAUGGAGAUAGUGGUGACCUUCGCUCUGGUCUACACAGUCUACGCCACCGCUGCCGACCCAAAGAAGGGUUCUUUGGGAACCAUCGCGCCCAUCGCCAUCGGUUUCAUCGUCGGAGCCAACAUCCUGGCCGCCGGACCUUUCAGCGGCGGCUCCAUGAACCCAGCCAGGUCGUUCGGGCCGGCGGUCGUAGCCGGAGACUUAUCCCAGAUAUGGAUAUACUGGGUGGGCCCACUCGUCGGCGGUGCUCUCGCCGGUCUCAUAUACGGCGACGUCUUCAUCGGCUCAUACACUGCCGCUCCCACCGCCGAGUCCUACCCUUGAAAUCUAUAUCUCCCUUUGCUUUUUGUGGGGUUUCUGAAUUGCCGCUGUUGGUGUGCGUUGCUUGAAGUUAUUUUCCUACUCCCUGUUUCAUCCAUGGUGUUUGUUGUCCACAAAAAAAUUGAUUGUCUUUUGUUUGUAAUAAAAAAAAAAUUGUAUAUGAUAAAAGUUCCUUGGUGGAGCGUUCGUUUUUUUUAA